GGAGGAGGAGCCAGGGAGGAAGUGGUAAAGGUUGUGCCGGGGGAGGGGGGAUUAGGCUCUGGGACCCCCUGCUCCGGGUGAGUGACUGGCUACCUGGCUGAAAGUGGAGAUACGGGGUGGGGACGUUGCCGCGGGAGCUUUGGGAAGGGCUUGGAAGCCUAGCUGCCCCCCUUUCUGCGUGCACCUGAGGCGCCCGAGGGGCGUUCCCGGGGCAUGAGUCGCUAGCGGGGCUGAGAGUGGUAGGGACGCAGUUAGUGAAAGCAGUCUGGGUCCGGGAGAGGACCGCGGGCCCUCCGGGCAUGCUGAUCACGCUGUGUUACCUGUACCUGUGGGCGCGCUGGGGGGCGCGGCCCACGCGCGUUAUCCGCAGGACGGUGCGCAGGCUGCACCGCACCCGCUGCUCCUUCACCUUCUGCAGCAGCGGCGGGGUGGGCAAGCCCGGCCCGGGGGCCUUGGCGAUCACCGAGGACCGUGUCUGCUUAAGAAUGGGAAACCGAGUCUUCUUCACUGACGAGUCCCAGUCUAUUGAUGACUUAAAUAAGUGGGCACUACUUCUUGUUUCUCCUUUUAUUUAUCCCGGGGAUAUUCUUGAAGCAGAACACAUAGCAUUUGUGAUAGAAAGCAUUUUGCUACGAAGUCAGAAUUUACCAGCACCAUUUUUCCCUUCAGAAACGAUUGUAAAGUGGUCAGACUGUUGUUUGCCAUUAGCCUGCAGACCUGGUGAGCCUUAUAAGCUAUUUGCUGAAGCAAGUAUAGAUAAUUUCAGCAAGUUGGGCAUUGCAUUCAUGGAAAACAGACUCCAAAUGGAUAAUGGAAUGGUGCCACAAAAGAUUGUCUCUGUACAUCUUCAGGACUCGGUGCUAAAAGAACUACAGCAAUUGACAGUAUCCAAGAUCACAGAAGUGGAGGAAUUUAAAAUCAAACCAGAAAUGAUAGAGCCUUUAAUAGAUAGGAAUGACCAAAAGGUUCAAAAUGAGGAGUAUAAUCAGAAGAAAGGCAGUGCUUGUCAGGAAGAACCCACCAAUGCAUCAGAAAAAGGAGCUGAAUUUGAUGAAUACCAUCAUUUACAUCUUUCAAGUUGCCAUGAAUGUUUGGAACUAGAAAGCAGCACCAUUGAAUCAGUAAGAUUUGCAUCUGCAGAAGACAUUCCAGAUCUUCCUUAUGAUUUCAGCAGCAGCCAAGAAGGCAGUGUUGAUACCACUUGCCAAACUGUACAAAAUAUUCCUGGGAAGCCACCGAAUAUUUUACUCUUUGUGGGCUCUGACUGUCAGAAAGUACAGCAAAGAUUCCAGCAGCUCCAUUCCAUUCUGAUGGAUUGUCUUGACACUGAUUGUUAUAUAAUCUAUCACCUGAAGGAGAAGAAUGUGCUCAGUGAUCCAUGGGUACAUAACUGUUUGUUGUUGAUCAUUGCCACAGAAGAGCCUAUUUCUGAAGCAGUUUACCAAAAGUUCAUGGUGUACCUGUCCCAAGGUGGGAAGGUUUUGGGGCUGUCUUCCUCCUUUACAUUUGGUGGCCUACAGCUGAAAAGCAAAGAGGAACUAAAGAAGAGCAUUCAGACAUUGGUUUUUUCCAAGGCUGAUGACAGUGAAAUGAAACUGAAUGUAGUGACGAGUGGGAUCCUGUUUGAAGAAGGCACUGGAGAGCUGCCUAGCCAUCCUGGAAAGCUCAAGGGUUACUUAGAAAACUUGGAUAGAGACAGGAUGAUUGUUCAUCUGCCUUUUGGAACAAAUGGAGGAGAAGCAAUUCUUUGUCAGGUGCACUUGGAAAUGUCUCCCAACACUUUAAUAGAAACUCAAGAUGCCUUUAAUUUAUUGAAAUCAAGCAAUUUCAUGAGAUUUGAAGUCCUUAAAGAGAUCCUGACGGUCCUUGGCUUAAGUUGUGAAUUAAAGAAAAUUCCUCCCCUGACUCCUCUUUAUUUGCUCACAGCUGAUGAGGAAGUCCGAAUUUCUUUUAUGCAGUGGCUCACAAGAAAUGUGGGACCUGAAGGAGUAAUGAAAUUCAGGAAGCUGACCCUUAAAUUUGUUUCAUCCUAUAAACCAGAAUUGGAAGUAACCCCAUCUCAUAUGCCAGUUAUCACUGCUACAGAGGAUUUUGCCCCAGAACAUUUUAACCUGGAGAUCUAUCAAAAAAAUUUGCAUACAAAGCAACUAGGAAAAAUAAUUCUGUUUGCUGAAGUGACUUCAUCCACAAUGAAUCUUCUGGAUGGGUUGAUGUUUGAGGUGCCACCAGACCUCGGUUUAGUAGCAAUUGCAGCCCAGCAAACACAAGGAAAAGGUCGUGAUGGGAAUGUCUGGCUUAGUCCUAUAGGAUGUUCUCUUUCUACCUUACACCUUCAAAUCCCCUUAUAUUCUCAUCUGGGUCAGAGAAUUCCAUUUGUUCAACACUUGAUGUCUUUGGCAGUGGUGCAGGCAGUUCGAUCAAUUCCUGAAUAUGAGGAUAUCAAUUUAAGAGUAAAGUGGCCCAAUGAUAUCUACUACAGUGAUCAAAUGAAGCUUGGCGGAGUUUUGGUCAAUUCAACACUUAUGGGAACAACUUUUCAUAUUCUUAUUGGCUGUGGAAUUAAUGUGAAUAACAGUAACCCUACUAUUUGCAUCAAUGAUCUCAUCAUAGAAUAUAAUAAGAAAUAUAAUAAAAACCUCAGUCUGUUACAUGUGGAUUAUCUUGUUGCAAGAACAAUAACUGUACUGGAGAGCCUAAUAGAUGCAUUUCAGGACAAAGGACCUAAUGCAAUUCUUCCUCUAUAUUACAAAUACUGGAUACACAGCGGUCAGCAAGUCCAUCUGGGAAAAGAUGAGGGCCCUUUGGUGUGGAUUGUUGGAAUUGAUGAUUCUGGCUUCCUUCAAGUUCAUCAAGAAGGAGGUGAUGUUAUGACUGUGCAUCCAGACGGCAACUCUUUUGACAUGCUGAAAAACCUUAUCAUCCCCAAGAAUUAAUAGCCAACAAAAUGGUUGCCUGUUAAUGUUGGACAUUCAACUGUCAUGAGCAAGAUAAGAGUGUGCCCCUAUCUAAGAUUAAUUUAAGGCAAAAGUGCAUAAGCACCUGCAAAUACAUUCCUGUUUUAUUUCUUAGGUCUUUUUCUAAGCCCAUUAAUCAGAAUGUUCUGUUUGGGAUUGUGGGUGCUUGAGGUUCUUUCCUUAAUGACUUUUCUCAUGCCUUUUUGUUUACUAUUUAUUUCUCUCUCUUUUUAAGAAGAGUCACCAGCCUUUCCCUUCUUAGAUUUAACUUUGUGCUGAUACAUGUAGCUCUUUUAUGGAAAUAGUAUAGGGAAAUUUAGAUGUUUUCACAGUAGUCAAGCCGUCAUUAUUGCUCCCUUUGAAAAGGAAAAAAAAAAACCAGUCCUUGAGUCAUUGCUCAGUUAUGUGG